AGUUCAUUGGCCCCGCAAGUUUCAACGUUAUUUGACGCACUCCGCCAGCUCGCGCUACCAAGAACAAAAAAUAUACAACUAAACAUUUCCCGCGCUAAUUCUACAGAGUCAGAGAAAACUAACGCCAUAGUUGAAGGCACUAAGAUGGCUGGAAUACUCGACGUUCCUAAACCUAGAAUAAACAGCCACAUGUUGACACAACACGUUAGCAAGGCAGUCUGCCUGGUCGGGCGUGUAGAAAAGGUGCAUCCAACCGGGAAAACGUUUACAAUCUGCGAUGGCGAAGGAAAGAUCGCUACAGUAGAACUGAACGAACCGGUUGAAGAUGACUUGAGUGGUGUUGUGGAGGUGAUUGGGAUAGUGUCCAACAAGGGAACGCUAAUGGCUGCAACAUAUAACAUACUACGGGAGGACAAGGGUAUUCCUUUUGAUUUGGAGCUGUAUAACGAAGCUCUGAAGGUCAUCCAUGACUUUCCCCAGCACUACCCAUUUGAAGUGGCUGCAAGUGGAUAAGCACUCUUGUUCAGACUAUCUUCUUGUUCUUGAUUUUUGUUAAAUAAAGUUAGAUUGGCAUGAAUGUGUAGGAUUUAAUCUGUUUUUGUAAUAAAACAAGAGUAAGUAAAAGUUUUUUUUUAUUAUUAAACUAAAAUGUUUUAAAUUGA